UAUUCCAAUGGCGUAUCUAACGUACAACAUAUUGUUCAUGCUAUUCACGUACUUGCUCCCUCUACUUUUCAUGGCAUACUGCUAUUAUGGCAUAUGUAUUUUGCUAUGGAACACAAAAGUCAUUGGUGAACGUUACAACGACGCGCAGUCAAAGUGUAAAAUACAGGAACGCAAAAGGAUGAUCAAAAUGCUGAUAUUCGUCGUAUCAACGUUCGCAAUUGGCUGGCUACCCUUCAAUGUCUACUUCUUGCUUGAAGGUCUCUGGCCGAGUAUACAGCUCUACGAACAUUCGCUGACCAUUUACUUAUGCUUUUACUGGCUUGCCAUGCUGAAUUCUACGUUGAACCCUUUGAUAUACUACUGGUUUCUACCCAAUUUCAGACGCAGCUUCAAUCAAAUAUUUAGGUGGAUUAUUUGGCUGCCUGCAAGACUUUGUUGCUGUAGAAGGCACCAGAUUGUGAUCAACACGCCAGACCGUUAUGACACUUCCAGACUGGCGACGAGUCGCAAUAAUGGGUUAAGUAAUGUGACAACAAUGGAUACCUUUGUUUCAUUCUGCAAAAAACCCUCUUCGGAUGUAUUGGCCGAAAUAGUUGACGAUGCACAGCAGAAUUGCGAAACAAAGGCAUGAAAGAACAACUCUUCAACUGUUUUAAGGCUCUUUGGCCUAUUACGUUACCACCGGUUCGUAAACAGGCCCCGUAGUCGAAUGACAUUUCUGUGACGCGAAACGCCACCGAAACGCCGCAGAAAGGUAGUCUGGCUCUGUCGCGCCAAUGCGCAAGAGCGAUAGAUAUAGAUAGCUACGAAAGAGAUAUUAUCGUGAGCGUUUUUGUGCAUUCGGCUACGCACACAGUUGCAACAGAAGAUUAUUUUUUGUACAAAACUAAUUGCGACCC